GUGACUGAAGGAGAUGCAAAUAGAAGACAAUAUGAUGUGUCUGUUUUCGUGCGCUGUGUUUGUUUCUUCGAAAUAGAGACUCAGUUUACCUAUGUAACCAUAAUAUUGUAACCAAAUCCGACAUAGUGUUUUUUACGUGGAAGCAAUUCCUGCGAGUGUUAGCGAUAUUAUGGUUGUGAUACCCAAUGGUGGUUAUAUGUGUGUAAUUUGUUGCUUCGUUUCGCUCAGGAUGUGUUCAGAAAAUUUAUGUUAAAAGUGAGAAAUGGAAGUUUUUGUAAACAUCAAUUAUCGCAGUCCAGCAUGGCUUCAACACAAGGAGAAAUAAGGGUGGGACCGUCACAUCAGGCCCGAUUACCUGAGUAUCGGCCAGCGUUGCUGUCAACUUCUGAUAUUGCAGAGCAGUCUUCAGAUCCUGAAUGGGAAAAAGAACGUGAAGAUUUGCGUUGGGUGCCUUGCAUGACACUUGAUACAGAUUUGCUUAUGUAUUUGAGGGCAGCGAGAUCAAUGGCUGCAUUUGCUGGCAUGUGUGAUGGUGGCUCACCAGAUGAUGGCUGUGUUGCUGCAAGCAGAGAUGACACCACAAUAAAUGCUUUGGAUGUGCUGCACGAUUCGGGCUACGACCCAGGAAAAGCACUGCAAGCAUUGGUAAAAUGUCCUGUUCCUAAGGGCAUUGAUAAGAAAUGGUCAGAAGAAGAAACUAAAAGAUUUGUAAAAGGGCUACGCCAGUUUGGAAAAAAUUUCUUCAGGAUCCGGAAGGAUCUUCUACCUCACAAGGACACUCCUGAACUGGUGGAAUUUUACUAUUUGUGGAAAAAAACACCAGGUGCUAAUAACAACCGACCGCAUCGGCGUAACCGCAGGCAGGGUUCUCUUCGGCGAAUUCGAAACACAAGAAAUGCUAGAGGGCAACCAAAGGAAACAGAUGCUAGCUCUCCUGCAACCGUUGGUGCAUCAAGGCCAUCACCACAAACUCCAAAGGAAAAUGGUGAAGCUAGUUCUGCAACUGAUGAAGAGAACACAGAAGAAGAUUCUGACUCGAGAGACAAUGCAGCGUACCGUUGUCAACACUGUUUCUCCACAAAUUCUCGAGAUUGGCAACAAGGUGGAAAGGAUCGGAUAUUACUCUGUUCAGAGUGUCGAUCAUACAACAAAAAAUAUGGUGAACUACCUCCUGUUAGCAAUGUGGCUCAACCUGCAAAUCAGGGGAGUGGUAGAGGAGAAACACCGUAUCUGUUCAGACCUGUGCAGUCAGAAGGGCUAGAUGAUUCUCCUGGUAGAAUGAGGACACGAACUAGAGCUAAGGAACAGUCAAAACCAGAAACUCCAACAAAAGGGAAAAAACGAUCAACGAUAGAGGUUGAGAAUGAAGAAGAGAAGGAAGUUUCACUAUUCAAGCGCAAAAGAAAUGAUAGGGCAGAUAGUCCUGCAGAGAGCUUGACAACAGAUAGUGGAUCACUAGUAGAUGAUGGAGAAAACAAUGAACAAGAAAGUGAAGCUGCAGAAGCCAUUACAGGAAGUGUUACAAUUAUGUCCACUGGAAAUGUAAAAGGAAUAACAGACGUAAUACGUCCUCUGUCAGGUGGUCACAGCCCGAAAGUAUCAGAGUCUCCAUCAUUGAGCACAAGCUCAGAUAAAAUAGACUGCUCAGUAGUAACUAAUAUUGCAGCUAAUCCUGGACAUUGUUCACCAGGACAGGUGGCAGGCUCUGUUGUCAUUGUUAACAAUGCUAAUGCAAACAGUAAUAAACCUCUAAUAAAUGAAGCUGGGUUGACAGCUCACAAUAACUUGCCAAACGUGAGUUCAAAUUCAGUGUCAUGCAUAUCGGUAGUAGGUUUGAAGGUGCCAGUUCCAAAUUUAAGUGCACUUGAUGAUGCUAGAAGCAACAAGUCAACCUCCCAAGAAGAAAUUCAUGGUAUUGUAUGUGAUAUGAAACAUAGUGUUGUUAAGGAAAAUACAAAGGCAAGUCAUCGGAUACCUUACAGUGCUCUUGACGAUGAAAGCACAUCAAGCACUGAAAAAAGUUUGUCAGAUAGUAAAUUACAUAAGUUAAUGGAUGAAGAGCCACCACGAUUGGUCAUAAAACGAGAAUUUCAGCAGGACGCACUUGAUAGAAGGGAGCGAGAAAAGGAAGCAGUCAAGAUGAAUGAUGAAGUUCUGAAUAUGUCUGCAAUGAUGAAAGUUGUAAUUAAAGAAGAAUCUGAAAAUAGUAGUGAUGCAGUGUCAAAUAUGCAGAUGAAUUUGUCCAAUAUGGGUGUCAUUGUAAAAGAGGAACUAGAAACCUCACGUUCUCCAAAUCCAUCGCAGAUGCUUGGAAAUUCUCCGUUGGUAGGAGUUGACCUGAAUAAUCAAAUUGGACCUCUGGUUGGGAGCAGUAGUGUGCCAUCACACUUGCCACUAUCAAGAUGUAUUAAAAUCGAACCAGCAUUUCUGAGAGAGGAUCGACAAACUCAUGCAUUGGAACUGUCAACCAAUGUUCAGUCAUCACCUGCUCGAGAUCCUCUGUCUCCCAUACUUUCGUCAAAUAUUGUGCAGGCACCUCAAGUAACGUCUGGUAGCUCAGGCAGUAUAUCGCACUGUUCUGAUUCACCUCUUUUAAAAAUAGUUGGACAUCAUCAUCAUCUGUCUUCUAACACUGCAGUAAUUAGGCAGACAUCUGAAGUGCAAGUUUCAGGUGGUUCAGACAGACCAGUUAGUUUCAGUGAUGAAAACCGAGAUGCAAAGCUGCAGUCUUCAGGACAGAUUCCUGGUCAGCAGCCGACAGUACUGCAACAUCCUUCCCAGGUGCUGCAACUCCAACAACAAAGUCAAACCAGUAUAUCUCAGCAAAACUGCAAUUAUAUGUCAAACUCGUCAUACCACCAACAACAGCAACAGCUCCAGCUUCAUCACCACCACCACAGUCAUCACCACAGAUCGGCUAAUCUGCCACCAGAGAAAUCUGCAGUGGGCUUGUUGCACAUAGUUCCACCCUGCACAAAUGGGGGAUCAAGCAAUCCACAACAGAAUGAACCACAAAACUUAAAAAUUAAACAAGAAGUUAUAACACCAUCUGAUCGUAUGUUGUCAGAUCCUCUGCAGUCUCUGAAAGAAGUUAAGGUUCCCAGCCUUACUGGUUCCGCAUUGUCUUCCUCACAGUCACUCUCUAGUGGUAGUAAUGGUGCAAACACCUGCUCAGAUACACAGAGACUACCUUCGCCGAGUGGGCCAGCACCUCCAUUUCUGGGACCCUCAAUUGAGAAUAUUAAGAGAGAACCAGAGAGCUAUCCGAGCUCUGUUGUUGUAGGGCCUCACAGCCUUAGCAGUGUGAUGCCUAAGACGCCACCCCCAAAAAUUCAUUUGGCAGGAAAUGUGCAGCAGUCAUUAUCAAAUCAACAAGGGGGAGGAACACCACACGGAUCAGUAACACAGCAACCUGGGGUGACCAGUAGCCCUCGGACAACUCCAUGUACACCUCCUCUGGCCUUACCCAGAGCAACAUCGCGAACGCCUCCGGGUUCACAGCCUCCUUCACAACCGUCACCGAGACUCACACCGACAUCAAGUCUGGCUGCUCAGAGUGGACGGCAGCUUUCACCUUUAAGCAGCUCCUCACCUGGACACCCACAUCCUACUCCACAUCCCCAUCCUUCGCCCUUUGCUGCACCUCCUGGACUUCACCAUCAUCCACAUUCACUUAUGCAUCACCAUCCACUGUUUGCUGCACAAGUUGCAGCACAAGCUGCAGCUGCACAUCACAGCACUUACCAUCAUCCUCAUCCAUAUGCAGCUUAUGGUUAUCCACUUCCUUAUCCAUAUGGGCCACCUCUUCCUCAGCCACCACCUCAUCACCCUACCCCACCAUCUUUACAUCGUUCUUCUCAUGAAAGUACAAAAGUUGAAGUAAGGAAUAGUGAAACACAUUCUGUGCAUCAUUCUACACAUGCUACUAGCAUAACACGACAGGAAACUGCUACCACACCUGUGGAUGAAGCAGAGGAACGUCAUCACUCUCAAGAACAAUCUUCCUCUCACCACCACCAUUCCUCCCACCAUUCCUCCCACCAUUCCUCCCACCACUCCUCACAUCAUUCAUCACAUCAACAGUUGUCUUCAGAAAAAUCAACUAGUCAUCAAAGUAUCCAAAGUGGCAGUCAUUCUGUUGCAAUCUCUCAUUCAGCAACUUCCUCUAGUACUGCCUCUGUUCACAGAAUCAGUGUUAGUAGCAAGCAGAGUUCUUCUGGAACAUCUAGUCCAACAUGUCACAUAUCAGCAACUCUUUCAUCAUCCGUAUCCUCCUCUACAUCAAUAUCACAUCCUUCCUCCAAUCAGAACAACCAUUACCAUUCACAUCAUCAUUCACAUAGUCAUCAUCAGCAUCACCACCAGACAACUUCCAGUGAUAGAUCUUCUCCGGUUGGAUCUGCUACUGUUCCAUCUGUAAUGAACGUUCCUCUUCCGUUGAGCCAAACUGGUCCAGCAACAGGGAGGAGUUCAAGUCACCAACAUCAUCAGAACUCUCACCAUUCAAAAUCAAGUUCUGGAACCUCCUCUCAUCAUCAUACUGGGCAGCCUGGACUAGUAGUUCAACCUAUACUACCACCAUCUCUUGCUCAUCACCAUGUUGCACUGGGAGGAGUUCCACCAACUGCUGGCCCUACAUCUUCCUUGGAAGCACUGAGAGCUCAUGCCCAGGCUGCAGCCAGUAUGCAACAACAGUCACAACCGGUUCAGCAGGGAUCUCUAACGUUUGGCAUGAUUCGCCCUUCAUCUCAUUCCCCAUUGCAACAAACGGGAUCACACCAUCACACCCCUCGACAUAUUGUAGGUUUACCAGAUGAUUUGAAAUCUGAAACAUUGAGCGACAUGGAUGCUCAGAUUACGGCAUCACAGCAGCCAGAAGAGGAUGAGAUUCCGAGCCCAAAUCAUGUUCCAAGAGGCCCAAGCCCAGAACCAAAGAUAGAAGAUACAGAAUGUCAUCGUAGCCAGAGUGCCAUUUUUCUGCGGCACUGGAACAGAGGCGAUUUCAAUUCCUGUGCAAGAACCGAUCUCACAUUUAAGCCAGUUCCUGAUUCUAAAUUAGCUCGUAAAAGAGAAGAGCGUCUUCGAAAACAAGCUGAAAGAGAAAGAGAAGAAAGAGAAAAGGCUGCAUUGCAAGCACAAACGAGGAAAAUCACAACACCAGAAAAAUCUGAGGGUCCAAAGCCUCCAUCCCGUGGUCCCAUGGAGACUAUAACCUCUCCAUAUGAGCGUUUUACACCGAGACAAGGUUAUCCUGACACACCAGCAUUAAGACAGCUAAGUGAAUAUGCCAGGCCUCAUGCAGGCUUUUCACCUGGGACAUUGCCACGGUCGUCAGGAUUGUCAUUGCCGCCUCAGUGUAUUGAUCCAAUGCUUCAUUAUCAACUAAACAGCAUGUAUGCACCUGGAACUCGUGAAAGGUUGGAGAUAGAACACUUUGAGAGAGAGAAAAGGGAGAGGGAGUUAGAACAAUUUGAGAGAGAAAAAAGAGAGAGAGAGAUACGUGAGCUUCGGGAACGGGAGUUGACUGACCGCUUGAAAGAUGAGAUGAUGAAGGCAGCUGGUCCCGGACCACGACCGAUUGAACCUCACUGGGCUGAUUUGCACAGAAGAUAUGUUGGAUUUGCACCCACUGAUCGGCCUCAGGGAGCUCUGCAUCAGUUUGGGCUGUACCCAUCAGCACCAGCGGCAGGGCAGACAGCUUUAGGACAGCUGGAGCGUGAGCGCCUGGAGCGUCUAGGAAUACCUGCUGGUGGUCAUGGACCGGCGGCAGGUCCUCACACUCAUCCUCAUCCUAGCUCUUUAGCAGCAGCCCAACUGGAAGCUGCUGAACGGUUGGCGUUGGCCACUGAUCCUAUGGUGCGCCUACAAAUGGCUGGUAUUUCAGCAGAGUAUCAUGCUCACACCCACGCACAUACUCAUGCUCAUUCCCACACACAUUUGCAUCUUCACCCAAGCCAGCAAGCUCAGCAAGCACAGGCACAGCAAGAAGUUGCGACAGCAGGAACAGCUGCUUUCCCAUUACCAGCAUCAGCGUCGGGAUAUCCACGACCAGCUCUGUUACCUCCAAGAGAGGCAGCACUUGGAUUACAUCACCCUUCAGAUUUAUUGACACGUGGCCCAGGUUAUGCUGAUCAAUUGGCUCAUCAGUUAUCAGCUCAAGCUGCCCAUGAGCAGUUGCAACGCCAGAUGUUGUUAGAUAGGGACAGAUUCUCUCAUACUCAUCCAUCACUUGUUGCACCAGAGGAGUUCUUAAGGCAACAGAGGGAACGAGAAAUGAAGGUGAGAGCCUUGGAAGAGGCUGCUCGUGGAUCACGACCAUAUCCAGCAUCCAGGAACAAUUUGGUGCUCUACCUCUAAGGACUUCAGUGAUGACAGGAAAUUAAGGUGCAGAUAUGAACUACUUUGUAGUUGCAUGUAUAGUGACUGUACAGAGUGGUGCAGGUAUGCACUUCUUUAAAGUUGCAUAUAUAAAAACUGUACAAAGAGAAUAAAAAAGGUAACAAGAAUUGCGCAUACCUCAGUUAUGUGACAGAAAAUAGUACUAUUUUAUGUGUUGUUGAAUCUAAACAGAUAUUGUUUUAAGAUCUUGUAUGUAUAUAUUUGUAGCAAAUUUAUUGUGGCUUGAUUCAUAUGCUAUAGGAGCACAUAAAAUAGCUCACAUUUAUUAUUUUACAGAGUUCAGCGUUUAGCUGAAUUGUCAUUCCAGCAUGGUUAUAUUUCACAACCAUGUUUGUAGCAUUGGUUACCACCAGAUAGUACCUUAUUUGGAAUACACUGAUUUAUAAAACAUAAAUUUUACAGAUUUAUGAUAUAUAUUAUUAUUUCUCUUUUUUACAUUUUAAAAUUGUGAAUAAUUUUUAAAAUCUAGUUUUUUUUUCUAUUUAAGUGACAUUAUCAUUUUAGAUACAGUUUUUGAAAAACUGAAGUUCUAAGACUGGGAAAUUACAUUGUGUUUUCUAAGACGAGAGUAAAAUACUUAGUAUUUUGCAUAAAAGCCGCAUGUCGGUGCUUUUGUUGCCCUGUUAAUUUGUGUUUUUUUCACAGUGUGUUGAUUAUAAGGUAAAGGAUAUGAAAAAGAACAAGAAAACAAAUUAUUUAUGUGUACAUUUACCAUGAGUGAGUGUAAUUCAACAGAAAAUUGUCCACGAAGAGACAUCGCCUGCUACUUUUCAGUAGUUGAUUAGCUGCGUAUAAUUUAGUCCAGGGUAAAAUAAAGUAUGAUGACUACUUUAUAUACCAUUGAUGUUUUGUACCUUUGCAGGCUUACCUUGUUUCAAUUUGAAGUAUUUUGCUUGCCAUUUUGUUGACUGCUUCUGUCGUGAAUAUGGUACAGAGUGCACAAUUUUUAUUUUACAUUUCCAUGGAAGUUCAUUUGUAGAUGUGACAUAGAGCCCUGCCUUAUUUAUGCUUUGUGUAUACAUUUUAAAGCUAGUGAAUGUAAGUAAAUAUUCAUCUUCGAUUGUAAGCCCAUACCUACAUAUGUUGCCUAACUUUUGAGCUUAAAAAAGAAAUUAUUGCAGGCAAAUGGAAAUAACUCAGUUAUUUGUUCUGGGAUAAAACUGAGUCAUUGGCAAGUACCAACAUUUCUUUACUAAUUUAUGGUGAGCAUGGUUUUUCAAUACUAUGGUACAAAACCAGUCUGUUCAUGGUCAUAAAUGCCUCUUUCAAGAGCCAUAAAAGUCUUUUUCAAGAGCACCACAUUUACUGUCCUGUAAAGUACCUCAAUACUAUGGUACUAUGGUACAAAACCAGUCUGUUCAUGGUCAUAAAUGCCUCUUUCAAGAGCCAUAAAAGUCUUUUUCAAGAGCACCACAUUUACUGUCCUGUAAAGUACCUCCUUCAUACGAAGUUGCUCUCUUGUGUGUUUUCUUAAAAAAAAAAAAAAAAAAAAAAAAAAUGUUGUCUAAAAAAAAGUGCAAUGAAAUUAACUAAGUUUUUAGUUGCCCUGUAACACUACUCAUUUACCUCUGUCUUUGUUAGUGUUGUGUACCAGUCCAUAGAUGCGUAUAUAACAAGUAUCCAUGCGGAAGUCAUGAGAGUACAUGCACUGUCAAUAGAUAAUAACAGUAGUUACUUGCAUGUACCAAAGAAUAAAUUUUAAGUAUAUUAGUCAUAUUUUCUUUCCCAUAUAUAUAUAUAUAUAUAUAUAUAUAUAUAUAUAUAUAUAUAUAUAUAU